AUGCUUGGAGCUUCCCAUUCGAGAAACUAUUCUCUGUGGAAGAUUGGCGGCAUUUCUACCGAUGGAAUGAAAGAAAUUGCUGAAUGGGGAAACACCUUCAAAGCGGAAGCGGAAGCUAAAGAAAAGGCUGCUGAAGUACGAACUCUCAUGAAAGUAAAAGGAUUGUGGUAUCCUGAAGUUCAGGGCCGUACCAAGUCAAGCUUUGUUGUAAACAAAUACCACCAUUUGGCCUCGUUGGCAACCAUGUUCGGUCCAUCACCUGAUUGGUGUGUAGGUAUUUCUUCAAUCAACCUCUGCCUUCCCGACUGUUCAUGGGUGGCUGAAAGGACAUUUGAUUUGCUACCUUUCGACGCUGGAACGGACUCUGGUCCUACAUAUAUGGUAAAUUCGUAUUCUAUCGCUUAA